AUGAAGUCGAAGCAGCCCAAGUGGAAGAAGUUCCACUGCCCGCCGCUGUCGGCCUCUCGCCAGGAGCAGAUCACGCACGAGGCCAACCGCGCGUGCGACGAUCUGCUGCGCUUCUCGGCGGGCGAGGCCUUCAGCAGUCAUGACUCGACGCUGGACAGCGACGAGGAGCAGUUCCAGGACGGCCUCAAGUGGGAGUACACGGAGCAGAUGGAGAGCGUGCGCGUCGAGAAGGUCAAGGUCAAGUCCGAGAGCAAGAGGGGCGUGUUCUACUUCCGCGGCAUCACGCAGGUCGAGGCCGCGCUCGAGGAGAUCAUGGAGCUCUACGAGGUGGACAUGGCGCACUCCAACAUGCAGCUCGAGAAGAAGCUGUCGCCCGACAUCCUGCACUCGGUCGUGCUCUACCAGAUCCUGCCCUACCGCCCCGAGGAGAGCACCGUCUUCAUCGGCAUCCGCUGGUCGGCCGUGCGCUCGCCCUACGUGCUCGUGCGCAACCGCGACUUCUGCUACCUCGAGAUCCAGCGCCGCUUCACGCUGCCCGACGGCCGCCGCGGCUUCGCGCGCUGCCUGCACUCGGUCAAGAUCAAGAGCUGCCCCGACAUGGAGAAGUCGCACGGCUUCGUGCGCGGCAGCAUGUACCGCUCGGGCAUCGUCUUCGUCGAGAGCAAGCGCGACCGCAAGACGCUCGACCUCGUGCAGGCCGUGUACACGGACCUCAAGGGCAACGUGCCGCAGUGGGUGGCGGCCAAGGGCCUGCGCCAGCGGCUCAUGAGCCUCGAGCACCUCAAGAAGUACGUCAGCAUGAAGCGCGUGGCCAACCAGACGUUCGCGCGCCGCAGCCAGCUCAUGGCCCCGGGGAAGGUCAAGACGUGCUUUGUUUGCGUGGACGACAUUGGCACGUUCAAGAGGAGAUACAACUGUCAGAAAUGCGGCGAGGUCAUUUGCGGCCGCUGUAAACUAACUAUCAACGCGGACAUCCCCGUGGUGGGCAAGAUGAAGCUCACAAUCUGCAGCUUGUGCUCGCUGGCCAUCAACCGCAGCGCGCUGCCGGACAACAACAGCAGCGACGACAGCGGAGGCCUGGGGCAUCGCCCCUUCUCGGCCACGCAGCAGCCGACGUACCAGCACCGCGACUGCGACGACGAGGCGCCCGUGCGCAAGCGCGCGCUGAGCCUCAACUCGUUCCACACAGCCAACUUUGACCACACCUCGCUGCAGAGUUCAGUACUGGCGCGCGAGUUCUAGUGGUGGCUGUCUGGCCAUGUAGGCCAGUUCAGCAGAGCUGAGGCGCCGAGAUUCGAUGCGCGGUGUAGGGUCCAGAAAUCGCGCCCCGGUGUUCAGCGCGCCAUUGGACUCGAAUCGACUCGGCUACCACGUCAAAUUGAAGUCUCCGCAUAGCAGGUUGAGUACGGUAAUGGGACAGUUUUGCCACUCAUAUCUCGCGUCGACGUAGCUCGGACCUCUGCAGCAUGUAAUCCAAGCAUGUACGAAGGAUGUUGCAGCUCCAUCAAGAGCGGUACAGACAACGACUUACAAAGCCGGCAUGCUUACAGUAAUGCCAUCCUCCUAUAUAAAAACAACGAUAAAUUCCCUCCCGUC